UAGCCGGGAAGGGAUGGAGCCCGAGGCUGGCGACGACCGCCUGGCCUUCCGCAGUCUCCACAGCGACCCCGGAGAGAUGAAGCUGCGGAAGAGGAGGUCCACCCUGUACAUGAGCGCGCAGGAGAAGCGCUCUCGGCGUCGCGAUCUUCUUGGAGAAAACAUUUACCUGGUCCUGUUUACCAUUGCUUUGCGAAUAGUUAACUGCUUCUUAGUCCAAACAAGCUUUGUUCCCGAUGAAUACUGGCAGUCUCUUGAAGUCGCACACCGCAUGGUUUUCAGUUAUGGUUAUUUGACCUGGGAAUGGACAGAGAGAUUGAGGGGCUACACUUACCCUUUAAUCUUUGCAAGCAUCUACAAGAUUCUGCAUCUUUUGGGAAAGGACAGUGUUCAAUUACUGAUCUGGCUUCCCAGACUUGCCCAAGCUCUGCUGUCUGCUCUAGCGGAUGUAAGGCUUUACUCGCUCAUGAAGCAGCUGGAAAAUCGGGAAGUGGCACAAUGGGUGUUUUUUUGCCAGCUGUGUUCUUGGUUCACGUGGUAUUGCUGUACCCGAACCCUCACAAACACCAUGGAGGCUACUCUCACUGCACUCGCCCUUUUCUACUAUCCUCUGCAAGGCUCAAGGUCCACGGACAGUGUCAAGUACUCGCUGCUGGUUGCCCUUGCCUGCAUAGUCCGCCCCACAGCACUUAUCCCAUGGGUGCCAUUACUCUUCAGACAUUUCUACCAAGAACAGAGGAAGCUCCAUCUGACUCUGCAUCAUUUUUUACCUGUAGGAUUUAUAACCUUCAGUUUGUCUCUGAUAAUUGAUCGUAUCUUUUUUGGCCAAUGGACACUGGUCCAAUUCAAUUUUUUGAAAUUUAAUGUGCUGCAGAAUUUGGGGACAUUUUAUGGCUCUCAUCCAUGGCACUGGUACUUCAGCCAAGGGUUUUUAGUUGUCCUGGGAACCCACUUACCCUUCUUUAUUCACGGCUGCUUCCUGGCCCCAAGGAGGCUCCACAUACUACUGCUGACCGUGCUGUGGACACUGCUGGUGUAUAGCAUGUUGGGCCACAAAGAAUUCAGGUUCAUCUACCCAGUUUUACCAUUUUGCAUGGUGUUCUGUGGAUACUCACUAGCUCACCUGAAGGCAUGGAGGAAGGCAGCUCUGAGUUUCCUGCUUUUGUCCAAUGUGCUGCUGGCCCUGUACACUGGCCUAGUCCACCAGAGAGGCACACUGGAUGUCAUGAAUCACAUUCAGCAAUUCUGCCCAAGAGGUCCUGACCCCGCUUCAGUCUCAGUGUUCAUGAUGAUGCCCUGCCACUCCACUCCUUACUACAGCCAUGUCCACUGCCCACUGCCCAUGCGGUUUCUCCAGUGCCCCCCAGACUUGACUGGGGAAACACAGUAUCUUGAUGAGGCAGCUGUGUUCUACCUGAGCCCCUUAAACUGGCUGUACCAAGAGUUCCACAGCAACGCCUCACUCCCCUCUGUCUUGGUCACCUUCAGUGUUCUGGAGAAGGAGAUCCAUGCCUUCCUCACUUCCGGGAACUAUGAGAGGACUGCUAUUUUCUUCCACACUCACUGGCCAGAAGGUCGAACUGGAAGUCACAUACACAUCUACGAACGAAGGUUAACCAGCAGAGUCAACACAGGAGGGAUCUGAACUGUGAGGACUCCUACAGAGUUGGCACAGCUGAGGGAAACUGCAGGUGACUCGUGGAGUGAGCAGGAAGCCACUGGGGACAGCUGUACCGUGUACUGUACUGAGGCACACAACAUUAUUAAUACGACGCCAGACUUUGAAAGAGACCUUUAGUUUUCCUCACGGAGUUUAUUGUUUCUUCCAUAGCAUUCAGGUGUGCAAGAGAGUUCACAAGAACAAGCCAGCAAGCUCUUCACACGCCAACAGGCUCUUGAACCCACAGAGAGACAAAAGCAUGAGAGCAGAAACUGUCAGAGCAGAGGCCCAUCUCAGCUCACUCCUCAAGCCCUACUGCACACUAACGAUAGCAGGCGC